ACUAUUUGCAACCCGUCAAGACGUUUUAACAUAUUAUAUCGCUUAAUACUUCACCUAUCAACAUCGUAUAUAAGGUAUCAGGUGAAUUCAUAAUUACAACUAGAACACAUUAUACAUUUUACAGCCAACUACAAAUUGAUCCAACUACUACUUGUACACAUACUCUACAUUCGAAAUGCACCCUCAAGAAGACGCACAUAUCAAGAAGAAGCGAGUGGGUAAGGCUUGCGACUCCUGUCGAAUUAAAAAGACAAAGUGCGACGGUAAGAAACCAUGCAACCGUUGUAUACUAGACAAUAAGAUUUGUGUAUUCACUGAAAAGAAGAAAUUGAAGGAAAAGAACCACCCCAGUGGUUACAUUGAAUUAUUAGAAACUAGAUUAGACAUUUUAACUAAACUGUUUGAGAAAUUGAUUGAAUUAUCUCAACCUCAUUUACAAUUUAUCCAAGACAUUAUGGAAGAAAAGAAGAGACAAAUGAGCGAGGUCGACGAUAUAUCGUCCAUGGAAGACGAUGACUACGAAGGAGAAGGACAAGGAGAGGAUGUGGUUCCUAUUAACAAAGUUGUUAGCUAUUUGAUUCAACAAAAGGGAUUGUUGAGGAAUAUACCCAUGGAAUGGGAAGAAGGUGCUAUGAUUGCUGCUAAUUUCAAUUCAUCUAAUAUGUAUAAAUCUGCUAAGUUAUUUGCCGAACAUAAAGCUAGGGGUUCCCCAUCUGUGAAUCCGAACUCACCUAUGGUUUCUCCCCGCAUGAAUGCUACCAACCCUAGAGUGAAAAGAGAGCGUCACUCUACUGGCGAAGUAAGCAAUCACCUGUUCCACUUGCCUGUGGUUGACAACAGUAACUUGUUGAAUUCAACCCAACAGCAAGAAUCUGGUUCCGAUUUUGAUAGUGAUUCCAACACCAUGCCAUUUAUGAGCAGUGCUCCCUUUCGUGAGACCCAAUCCCCGGUGAACGAAUUCCAACAAGUUCACUACCGUACUGCAUCCUUAUUUUCCAAUGAAGCUCCUAUUUUAACUAAAACCGCAUCCUUGUCAUCAUUAACUAACACCUACGAUGGUCAUAGCAUUGCUUCGCCUCCUGCUGCUGCUGCUAUCCUUUCCACUUCACCCAUUGCAUCCCCAGUAUACUUGAAUAAACCUUCUCCUGUACCAAUGACACAAAGGAGGAGAACUUACUCAAACAAUGGCGGAGUUCAUAAACCACAACAUCAGCAUCAUCUUUACAAGUCGGUAGACUAUUCUAAGCGUGACAGUGGUUCCUCAACCACCUCGUCGAUGAUUGCUACACCUAAUCAAACCACAACCUUGUUCACUCCCACCGAUGAAUCUGGCUUGAAUACUUUUAUUGAAGAUAAGAUGUUUUUGAAUCCCCAACCAGUAAUCAUUCCUAGUCCACCAGAGAUGACGUUUGCACCAUACCAAUCGUUUGACCUUGUGGUGAAUGAAGGUAAUUUUGAUACGUUUAUGAGUAAUGACCACCAAUACCCGGGUAGAUACUAAAUGCUUGCUUUCCUCCUUAAUGAUUUACGAUAAAUCUUUACACCGUUUUUACAUUGUUUUUUAUUAGACUAUAUAUAUAUAUAUGUGAUCCCUUUUAAUAAUACGUUUAAUGCUAGAUCUUUUGGUAGACAUUGUCAUGUCUUUAUAGACUGAAUCGAGCAA